AUUCCAAAAAAUACACUUUCGGACCAUGUAAAAGGGCGCAGAGGUCAGAAAAGUUCAACCUAUGGUAGAAGGACAGAUCUCAGUUUUGAAGAGGAGACGUGUCUGGCAGAUUGUAUCCGCUGUAUGGAGAAGUGGGGAUUCGGUCUAACCAGAAAGGAAUUGCUCGGGAUAGUGGAAGAUUACGUUAAAACGAAUAAAAUUAAAACGCAGUUUAAAAAUGACAAACCAGGUGAAGACUGGUUUUUAAAUUUUAAAAGUCGUCACAAACUUGGAUUAGAGGAUAAACCAUCUUAUGAUAUGGAACUUAGAUGAGAGCAGUUUUUGCUCAGACCCUUCAAAAACGAAAAUCGUUGGGCAACGGGGACUGCCAGCUACACGGACAACAAGUGGGCAUGGAAAACAGAAUACCACUGUCUUAAUGUGCUGCAGCGCAAGCGGAGAAAAGGCGCCUCCCUUAAUAAUUUUCAAGGGCAAGCACGUCUGGGAUCAGUGGCUUGCACCCCCUGGUAGCGAGUUUCCCGACAUGACAUAUGCAGCAACCGCCAACGGAUGGAUGGAAAGCACAGUUUUUAAAAACUAUUUUGAAAAAAGUUUCGUUAAGUGUUUGCCUCCAGAAAGACCAGUCUUAGUAAUUUACGAUGGUCAUGCGACUCAUUUAAGUGUAGAAGUUGUUAGAAUUGCUAUCGACAACCAGAUAACAAUUUUAAAACUUCCCCCACAUACCAGUCAUAUUUUACAACCACUUGAUUUAAGUGUUUUCAAAUCCCUAAAAACUCGAUGGGAUGCUAAACUAGUAGAAUGGCAGCGUAAGAACGUGGGUAUUAAGAUGCCGCAGAAUAUUUUUUCAAAACUUAUUGGAGAUAUAUGGAGAGAAACAAAUCCUGAAAUACUUCGAAGUGGUUUUGUUAAAGCUGGGAUUUAUACUUAAUGUAAAACUGUUUGUUACUUUGGCAAUUUAAAUACAUAAGUGACGAUAAAUUCUUAUUACUUAAAUAAAAACAAGAGUGUUAUCCAUCGAUAAUGUAUUUUUGUAUCAUUUCAAAAAGGUAUCAGUCCCUUUCUAAGAUCAUCACUCAACUUCUGACCAGGAUAACAUUUAUUUUUCGUGUCUAACCAAUUAUCCAUAAUAUAAAGAUGAUUGCUCUUGCCUCGUUUUGAUUUCUUAGCAAAACUAACUACAGUAAUGGAUUUUACGCUCUUGCCCCGACUGUAUGGGACAAGAGCAGCAAUUCUCAUCCUAAUAAAAAAACAACAUUUUUGGUAAAUUGUAAAUUUUCUAAUUCAAUCUAAAAUAUUCAGUUUUGUAGAGAACACUAUAGGCUACUCUCUGGUUAAAAUGCAUCAUCCAUAAAACAUUUUAAGUAUUUUUUCUG